CCCAAGCAUCUCAAGUUCACAUUUUUCGAGCAUUUUUCUGCCAUUUCACAUCAUCUGAUCAUAAUUUCAUUUUAGUAAGAAAAAUAAAUCCCAACAGAGAAAAGAUACUGAGACAAUGAGGCAGUUUCCCAUCAAAGCAAACACGAUCAAGUUCACAACAAUGGCGAAGCCAGGGGGACCCGCGUUCCCAGAUGCUCCGUCACCGGCGACCACCCAGCCGCGACCGCUGUGGCUUUCUCCGGUGCCGUAUCUCUUCGGCGGUUUGGCCGCCAUGUUGGGUCUAAUCGCCUUUGCGCUCUUGCUUCUCGCCUGCUCCUACUGGAGGCUCUCCGAUCACGGCGGCGACGGCGACAGGCUGGGAGAUUCCGGCGAGAAAGUGUCGGGAAAGAAGGUCUACGAUGAGGAGAUUCUGGUGAUCAUGGCAGGGGAGGAGAAGCCCACGUUCUUGGCGACUCCGGUUGCGAUCGCGACUGCGACCAAAACGCCGGAGAGUGGCGGAAUCGUAAAUAAGGAAGGGAAGGAGGGGCAAAACAGGGAAAGCGGAGUUCUUGUGCCGACAGGAACAGAGGAGUCUUCUGGUGAAGAAAACCACUGAGCCCUUUUGCGCUCACAGUUUUGUCGAUUUCUCUAACGCUGUGUUUUUUUUUUUAUUUAUCUGUUUUGAAUCACAGAGAGUUUUUUUUUCUCUUUUUUCUAUCGGGAAAAUGUAAAAUCUCUGUGAGAACAAAUGAAAGAAGCAUUGCAGAUUUUGUGUUCCUGUCUCUUCCAAAUAAAAAAGGAAAAAAAAAAACAGAGUAUUUGUGUAAUAAA